AUGGCCAUUGAUUUGGGAGAGCCGUUGCCUUUACCAUACAAAACUAGCAAGCCAAUACUCUCGCUGGUUCAAACUGCUCAUAAACUAGAAGACGAAGAUGAAACAGCUGUUGAAACCAAAACAUUCAGACACCAACGAAAAGUCUCAGACAAUAUACGGAAGCCCAUAAGGCUUGAAACAGGUAGAACCACAUCAAAAGCCAACGACGAGUUGCGAGAUCGACUUUUAAUGAGAAGCCAGGAACAUUUUGAUUCCAACGAGAAAAUUACCCCAGUUUCUAGAACGGUUACGUCUAUACGACGGGACCUAUUGGACAUAGAAAGAUUACUCAAGACAGAACGCGAGCAAAGUCUCAGCAGUUUACAAUUGGCCAAGCUCGAGUUAGAGCUGGUACUAAGUGUUUUGAAAAAGAAAGAAAUUGAAAAAGAAGAAGACGAAAAAAACGAUGUAGAAUCAAUUCAAGAUUCGAAUGGAGAUGAACAACAACUAAAAGGGCCUCUGGGACAAGAAGCUUCAGCAGAAAGGUCGACAGAGGUCUUUGAAGCUUUGGAGCGACUUCAAAAGGGCAGUGUACAAAAAAGCAGAAACAAAAACAGUCACAAGUUCAGCAUUGAGUUGGACUAUCAGUACUUAUUUGUGGCAGCAGUCAUACUUGUGGUAUUCCUCAUUUCCUCGUUUGUAGUAUCGGAGCUCAGCUAUGAGUACUGCUACUACUUCUGUUAG